AUGGCUACCCUCGUUGAUGACAGCAGUACACCUCCUUCGUAUGCCACAAUAUUCUCAGCAAAUCCCAUUCAAUGCGAUCAAUCAUCUGUAUUUUCCUCUCGUCGCAUGAAGAAGAAAUGUACAGCUGUUCUGUCCCGCAUCCGUGAUAUCGUCUUAGGCCAUGAUCUCACCCCUGAGUGUAUGCUUCCAAAUAUCCUUGUCUGCGCUGCUGCUCUGGGCCCAGGUGCUGAGUUCUUCAAAAUCCUGUUAAAACGCAAUAUCAAGGGCCACACAGCACUGUAUUGGGUGAUUGUGAACAAUCGGCUACAAGUUUUUUGGGCAUUGCACGAGUUCACUUACAGUUAUUAUUCCCCUGUUUGUAAGGACGACUUACGCAAUGCAUGCAUGAUAACCAGCAACCAUGCAAUUUUUAGCCAGCUAGCUCUUGGAAUUCGAAGCGAAGACAUGCGUUUCAGACGCUUUUUAGGUUGCCCAUCAGAUCAGAUUCAGGUACAUACGUGCGAUGAAUCCGCCAACCAGUUCAAUGUUGUUCUGCGAAUCGGGAUGUUCCAAAAACGCCUGCGCGCCACUGCCACUAGUGAUAGAGGUGAUAUACAGUUGAUACACGAAUUUGUUGCGGGGGGACACAUAUGGUGGUUGCACUUCCACAUGCCAGAGUUUGCUGAAGGACUAUGGCGUGUCGACAUUGGUCUUUGUUGGCGUAGCCAUCCAGCCGCAUGUCUUAACGCUGUACUUGUGAUCGAGGCGCACAACCGGAAAUCUGGCAGUGCAACCCCACCUGAAGCACUGAAAAUUCCAUUAUCAUUGGCAGACACAAAAUUUGUGGCCCUUACAUCAGGGAAUGUGUAA